UUCCUGCGGUGUGUCUGUGUCACUUAGUUAUUCUUCCCCCAUAAACAUAUGUCAAUGCCCAGUACAAGGAACGAAGUAUUAUUUCGAAGCUAGCACAUGCAGAACACUGCAAAGGCAUUACAAUAGCGUGAGCCACAAACGACUAAAUUUAUCUGGAUUACUAGUUGCUGUGUAUAAGCAGAUUUCGAAAAUGCACCUGACUCAGCAGCUUGAGCUGUUUCCUGAAUACACAGUGACACAGUUAUUGUUCAAAGAUGUCAAAAACGCGGCAGACUUGAGGAAGAAAGCAAUUUCUGGAGAGAUAAUUGGAGCCUUAAUAAACCCUUCAAUGGUUGUUGACCCCUUCCAAGUCCUGCUGGCCACAAACAAAGCACUUCACUUGCAGAAAGCUGGAAAAAUGAAAACGCGGAGUCUUUUCUCUGAAAUCAUAUUCAAUCUUUCACCCACAAAUAAUAUAUCUGAGGCUUUCAAAAAUUUUGGAAUCUCUGACAGUGACCGCGCCGUUCAGGUUGUUCUGGUUCACGCUGAUGGAGAAAGAAACAAUAUGGAUGAUAUUCAGUCCAAGGUGGACGGCCAGCAGAUCCCAGUCCACCGCGUCUCAAGUUUGAGUAACAUUGCUAAGAUCAAAAAGCUGUACAAGGUCACACCACAGGAGGAGCUUUGUGGAAGUCUGCUGGAUGCUGUAGUCUGCAGAAUGGCUACCAAAGAUGUCUUAUAAACAAAAAAUAUUCCAUUAUUGUCCUUUGGAAAGGUUGAGGUGGUUGAGUAUAUAUUGUAAAUUCAUUGUAAAUUUGAUUCAGUACUUAUAUUUUGAAUAAAUAUCCUCUAUUCAUUGGGA